CUUCGGAUGACGCCGGGGUGAUCGUGUACGUGACAUGCGGCCUCGAAGAGUCUUGAAAAAUUCAAUAGUACGAUGCUGAAUCAGUGACGGUAUCGGUGACAACAACCUGACGAUGGAAACGGUCGGGAUUUCUUUUUUACGCGUUCUACGCAAAUAAACAAGAGGUCCGGGACGUGCAGGAGUCGCGAUCGCUCGAGGAGCGACUCGAUAUCGCGCAGAAUCGAAUAAUUUUCGCGUGACACGCUCGUUUUUCUUGUCAAUUUCAUCGAUCAAGGUUGCUGCUGUAUCCUAUCCUGUCGCGCGAUGCAAGGAAAACAAAGCUCCCUUUCUUCCUUCACCUGGCUCUUGCAAGAACUUUAAUCGAUACUUUUCUUCCGCGAGAUUCUAAAGAGAGACAAAAAUUGAAGUGUCAAAGUUGUGUAAAUGCUCCGAGUGACAAAUUGCUAAUGUUUUGACAGUCGAAACUCCGACUGUAGCAAGAGUCUGAAUGUAAAUAGAAGAACGGUAUCUGGUAGAGAAUAUGAGCUCGCAUCAUCAUUUGAAUUCAUCAUCCGGUGAAAUAGAUCACAUUCACGUCGUCUCCGAGGGCAUCGGAAAUUUGUAUCUGUCCGAAGACUUUUCGGAUGUGAAGAUCAUCGUGGCGGGACACAAACUUCCCAGCCACAAACUCGUCCUCGCCGCACGUAGCGAGUAUUUUCGAGCAAUGCUGAACAGUGGUAUGAGGGAAUCUGUACAAGAUGAGAUAGAACUGAAAGCCUCCUCGUUGCCUGCAUUUAAAAGCUUGCUCAAGUACAUAUACACCGGUCGUAUGUCUCUGGCUAAUGAACGCGACGAGACGAUACUCGAUAUUCUGGCAUUAGCACAUAUGUAUGGAUUUAUGGACCUCGAAGCUGCUAUAUCUGAUUAUCUCAGAGAAAUAUUAAGCAUAAACAAUAUAUGCUCGAUUUUAGACACUGCACUUUUCUAUCAAUUGGAUUUUCUAAGUAGCGUUUGCUUUGAAUACAUGGAUAAAUAUGCAUCUGAAGUUAUUCAGCACGAGAGUUUUCGACACUUGAGGGACUCAACUUUAAGUGAAGUAAUUUCCAGGGAUUCGUUCUAUGCACCAGAAAUAGACAUUUUUUUAGCCGUAGACUUGUGGGUCAAAGCCAAUCCGGAAGCUGAUAAAAGUAAAGUUAUAGCGCAAUUAAGAUUGACUCUGAUUUCGGAAGUAGAUCUCGUAACUGUCGUAAGAUCAACCAACUUAAUAUCAGACAGCACACUUGUAGACGUGUUUACUGUACUGUAUAUAAAGUCCAAGUCAGAACUACCCUACCGUGGUCGUAGGCUCGUCGACGAAAACAUUGCCCAUCCUAAGCACGGUGCCCAGGUGUUACAGGGGGAAAUGCGUACCUAUUUACUUAAUGGAGAAAUCAAUGACUAUGACAUGGAACAUGGUUAUACGAGGCAUACCAUAAGCGACACGCAAGAACACGGGAUUCUAAUAAAGUUGGGGACACAAUAUAUCAUAAAUCAUGUGAAAAUGUUACUAUGGGAUCGAGAUAUGCGCUCUUAUUCUUAUUACAUAGAGGCAUCUGUGGAUCAAAAAAAUUGGGUCAAGCUUGUUGAUUAUACAGAAUAUUUUUGUCGCAGUUGGCAGUAUUUAUAUUUUCAACCAAGAGUGGUUCUUUAUAUUCGUAUUGUAGGAACAAAUAAUACAGUUAAUAAGGUUUUUCAUGUUGUCAGUUUUGAAGCAUACUAUACAAAUCAUACAGAGCAACUUUCCAAAGGUUUUAUUGUACCAACACAAAAUAUUGCUAUUACAAAAAAAAGUGCAUGUGUCAUCGAAGGUGUGAGCAGGUCUCGUAAUAAUUUAUUAAACGGAGACAUAACUAAUUACGAUUGGGAUAGUGGUUAUACAUGUCACCAACUUGGCUCUGGAUCUAUUCUGGUGCAAUUAGGUCAACCAUAUAUGAUCGAUUCUAUGCGAUUAUUACUUUGGGAUUGCGAUAAUCGCUCCUAUUCGUACACCGUAGAAGUAUCAGGCAAUUCUUGGAACUGGGUAAUGGUCGCUGAUAAAAGAAGGGAGUCGUGUCGAUCUUGGCAAACAAUAAACUUUUAUCCACCCCGUCCAGUAGUUUUUAUACGCGUAGUGGGGACUCACAAUACUGCAAACGAGGUGUUUCAUUGUGUUCACUUUGAAUGUCCGGCACAAUUUGACGACAAAUCUCCGAAAUCGCCAACACUACGAGGGCAUUCGUCGACAUCGUCGGAAGGUAGUAAUAAUGCUUUACCUCCCCCGCCUCCCGAAGUAGCUACGGAAGCAGUUCAUAUCGACAGCGAUGAAUAACUAAAGUAAAGAGUAAGUAAUAUAAUAGCGAAAAAAAAACACACAAGGGUGACUCUAUUGAUGAU